AUGGCUGAAGGGAAUUCCGUCGUUAUUACUUCCCAGGUAGAAUCAAUCGAGUUUGCAGAGCAAGGUCCAAUGGGCUCGUCGUACCUCAUCGUCCUUGUCCUCAUCCUUUCGAUACAGCAGUGCAUUGGAGAUGAAACCCCGAUCAAUGCAACGUCUGCACUGAAAAGGAGACACCCGGACUUGGAAAAUAUGAUUUCGGUUUGGAUAGCCAUAUCUCUGGAGCACGCGAAGCACAUCGAUCAACUCAAGGCUGACUAUGAUCACCUGCUGCAAGACAACAAAAACCUGAAGCAUGAAAACGAAAACUUGAGACUUGACAACGAGAACCUCAAGUCUCACCUACAAGAGUAUGGGCGUGUUAGAGACGAUGCAGUACUUCGGCUAAAACACAUGGAAGAAAGAUUCCAAUACAUGGAGGCAGUCGUGCUACAAAUCACUCCCCAAACGUGCCAAGCAUUUGCAAAUUUAGGGAUAAGACGAUCAGGAACCUACUUGGUGGACCCAGACGGAGCUCUUGUCGGCGAUCCACCUAUAAAAGUUUUCUGCGACAUGGAGACAGAUCCAGUAUCGACGAUUGUUGAACAUGAUUCCAUGAAGAAUGAUACAGAAAUAGACCAUUGCGCUUCUCCUGGCUGCUACGCUAGAAAAGUUACCUAUGAUGCAUCGAUGAAGCAGAUGGUGGCAUUGAUGGAUCAGUCGCUUUGGUGCCACCAACGAAUCAAAUACGACUGCAUUUCGGCAGCCCUGAGCACUGGAGCCAUACAUUAUGCAUGGUGGGUGGAUCGCCACAGUGAUGCUCAGUUUUACUGGCAUGGAUCGAACGCAGGAGAACACGUUUGCAAAUGUGGACUCACCAAAGACUGCGUUGAUCAGAACCUUCAAUGCAACUGCGAUGCAGAAGCUCCUCUAUCGAAAUCGGAUUCGGGAGAAAUAACUAAUAUAAUGGCACUGCCAAUCGUGGAGGUUCGAUUCGGGGUGCUGCAGUUUGAGGGCCAGGACGCAAAUUACACUCUGGGAGGGUUGGUUUGCAGGGGAUACCAUAUGAUCAAAAGGAAAGAUGGACGGUUGGAUAUAGUCCUCUGCCAGAUGGAUUUAGAGGAGAGCGAUCCGGAGUUUCAGGUGGAAACCGGAGAGGACAGCAAGAUGCCUGGGCAAUCCAUUCUCCUUGAUCUGAAGAAGAACGACACAGUCUAUGUCUACAUGGAAUGGGGAAAUAUUGUUGCAACAGAACGACGUCAUGCCCAUUUUGUUGGGUAUUUGCUGCAUCCUAUGUGA